CCUCCAUGCAGCAGAUCCAACUUCUCGUAAAUUCUCGUGCCAAUGAGACUUCAGCGAUAUAUCAGCCUUUUCGGCCGUAAAUAGACCGUGGUCCAAGAUGGCCGUGUUCAAUGCAGGAGCCAAGAUCAUUAAGCCACAAGGCGAAAAGGCAGAUGAAUUUGAACUGUCCAUCUCACAGGCCCUCCUUGAACUUGAGAUCAACUCUGAGUUGAAGAGUCAACUUCGUGAGCUCUUCAUCACCGGAGCCAAGGAAAUUGAUUUUGGAGCCAACAAGAAGGCGAUUGUCAUCUUCGUUCCAGUGCCACAGCUUAGGGGUUUCCAGAAAGUCCAGAACAGAUUGGUGCGAGAACUUGAGAAGAAGUUCAGCGGCAAGCAUGUUGUGUUUGUAGCACAGAGACGUAUCCUCCCCAAGCCAACGCGCAAAUCAAGAACGAAGAACAAGCAGAAGCGCCCCCGUAGCAGGACUUUGACUGCAGUGCAUGACUCUAUCCUGGAGGACCUCGUCUACCCAUCGGAGAUUGUCGGCAAGAGGACCCGGGUUAGACUAGAUGGAACCAAAAUCAUCAAGGUGCAUCUAGACAAGAGCCAACAGAUUCAGGUGGACUACAAGACCGACACCUUCAGUGCCGUCUACAAGAAGUUGACCGGCAAAGAUGUUCUCUUUGAGUUCCCCGACUGGACUCUUUAAACAAGACCUACAUAUAGGGUGCAAUGUGCACUGCAGCACCGUCAGAGUAAUUGGGAGGGGGAGCAUUCUACAAUAGCACACCAUUUAUCAUCCUGAAAGAGGACCCAAGUACAAGUUAAGAAAUGGUCUGAACUACCUGGCGUUGGUCUAAUGCUAAAAUUGAAAGAUCUUAUUAAAAAAUUGUUUAACAAGUGUCUCCAAACACAGUAA